AUCAGAGAUGGCGUUUUAAACGCUGUAUAAGUCUUUUGUCUCCUGCUCUUGGCUCGUGGCGUUGGAAGGAAUUUGCCCAAUCAUUUUUAAAAGAUUUAGGACUAGUAUUGCGUUUAGAGGUCAAUAAAACUGAAAGAUGUCUCGAUACCGUGAGUGGGAUCUGUCGUGCAAAGUUUAUGUUGGCAACUUGGGCAGCAGUGCGUCCAAGCACGAGAUAGAGUCUGCGUUCAGCAAGUACGGUCCACUGCGCAAUGUGUGGGUGGCUCGGAACCCACCCGGCUUUGCGUUCGUGGAGUUUGAGGACCCGCGCGACGCAGAAGAUGCCGUGCGUGGUCUGGAUGGCACCCGCAUGUGUGGCACCCGCGUGAGGGUGGAGAUGUCGUCCGGGCGCAGUCGCCGGGGCGGGGGAGGUCGCAGGGGCUCUGCCCCCACUCGCUAUUCCAGGGAUCACCCGCCUCCUACCGAUCCAGCCAUCCUCGACAUCUUCGUGUAUUUGCUCGUGACAUGAACGGGGGCAACAGACAGCUUCCCCAUAGGCAAAACUUCUCUGCUCUGCGCAGCGUGUGCCCGCGCAUACCUCCUCGUCUGUUAGGCCAAACGUGCGUGACGGCCCUAUAAAAACCAACCUUCCACCAUGACCACCACAACCAACCAACCAACCAACCAACCAACCACCAACCACCACCAUUCCACCGCCGACCGGCCGCCCAACCCUCGUCUUCUCGCUCGACACAACCGUUGCCCCGGCACAUGCAACAAUCUCUUCUGUCUACACCGACCAACGUGCUGUGCCUUCAGUUGCAGUCUGGUAUUCUACUAAUAACUCAAUCUUAAAAGUUAAUUUUGCAAUCAUUUGUAGCAGUAACAGUAGAACUAAUAAUUAGGUCAGUUUCUAAAUCACAUUAAUUGAAUAUAGUUUUUUUCCUUCAGCUAUGUGCAAUUAAUGCUGUGGUGAGAUAAGUUUUUGUGGAAUUAUUAGGUUGUAAAAAUAUUCAAAUCCAAAUUUAAAUUACUUCUUUUUUACCCUUGGUCAUGACAUUGAGGGCUGCAUGCUUUAUGUGUCUUAAAUUUUGAUGUGCUAUGUAUUAAUAAAACAUUUAUAAUGUUUGAUUUUAUGUAUAAAAUUUGAAUAUAUUUAACUUACAUUUAAUGAAUUCAAAUUUUCAGCUAACCUUACUCUUAAACUCCAAAGAUUUUUAUGAGAGGCGUACUCACGGGCAGUAUUCGUAAUCAGUGUAAAUGAACUUGCAGUAAUGUAACAUUUAUUGCAAUGUUUCUAGAUUCUUCAGUUCCUCCAAGCAAAUACUCAUUUCAGCGAUCUCAUGUACUCCUUAUCCAGAAACUAACUGCACUUCCAUAGUAGAUAGCUUCAUUGUGUGGUUAUAACAAUUCUUAAGGCUUUUUCUUGUCAUUACAAAUAUUUUAUAGCUAUUUCUGUUAAUUUAUCACUAUAGCUCUCUCGUUUUUGUCUGUACUAUAAAUUGGCAAUUCAGUAGGGAAAACAAAAUACAUUAUAAAAACAAUUGUGCUUAAACUCAGGAAGAAGUAAAUAUUCAGAAUGUAAUUCAAGGUCUCACUUAAGUGUUUUACAAAAUAGUUUGAUUUUAUGCUCGUGGCACAUGUGAACUAUAUAUUGAGUUUUAAGGGAAAUACUGUUGGAGUCUCGUUUGGUAGUAUACAUUGAACUUAACUUUCAAGCCAAGUGAAGCUUAAGCUACUCUCUCAAUUUGUGUCGUGUUUACGGACAUCUCUGCCCAUCUUUAACAAAAAAUUAUGCAUGAGUUCAUAGCUAAAAUCGUGCAUGCAAUGCUUCACUAUAGCAAAUAACAUUUAGUAAAUAUUUGGCGUUAAAAUCUGAGACAAACAACAAAUGCGAAAGAGCAAUUUAAUAAAUGCACUGUACUAGCUCUUACACAGUGUAAUGUCAUAGAAGUAAAAUUAUCCAAUUUAGCUUUUGAGACAGGGAUAAUUACAGUAUUAAAGUUGACAGCUGUUAUUUAAAUUGUGGGGAAAUGCAUCACAAACGAAACAUUAUUUUUAAUUAUGUUGAAAUUGACAGCAGUUUGACAAGUAGUAACAACAGCAUUCUGAUAUUGCAAAUUCAGUUUUAAAAUACUAUCAUUUCCAACUUUCAAGUGGUAAUAAUUGUUCAUAUCGGAAAACAGUGCAACCCUCAAGUUUUAUUGUCGGUCAUUUCGACAUUUAUUGUUCUUUUAAUGAUUAUUAAUUACGUGUGCAUCGUUCAUUAAUGUGCACAGAUGCCUAAACAAUAUAAAGGUAUUGAAAACAACACUGUCAAUAGUUGGAAAUGUUGGUUUCAUGUUUCCUAUGUACUUUUUUAUCUACGGACAAGUCUGCUUCCCGAUGCGUUGGUGAGCUGAAUACCUAAUGUGUCCGAGUACCCUCCAGUAUUGCUUUAGGUGUGCUGCUUUUGUUACUGGCUUCGUAGUUCAGCUACGUGCUAGUUUUGGUAGUGUGGGUCGAAAUUAGAGAAACCUUCUGCGGAAUGGCAAGUGCGUGGCUUGCGGCUUCAAAAUUGAAUUAUAUUCUGUCCAAUUGCUAGAAGUAUUUUACAGGCUGGUAAAUAUGGAUAGCGGGUGAUAAAGGAAAAGUAAAGUACUGUUUUUAAAUUACUAAACUCUCAGUCUAUUGUAUGCUAGUCCCCAAAAACAUGAUAGAUGUUAAUUUAUAUAAGGCAACUUCCAAUUUAAGAGUUCCUUAAAUACCGGCAAACUAAAUUUGAGAUUGUCUAAUAUAGGACUUCAUCAAAUUCUUAAUUGUAACAACUUUAAAUUUAAUACCACGACCUAGAAUUGCACUACCCGAAACAUCACAAUUGGUUUUAAAAUAGGUUUGUAAACAGUGUAGCCUUUAAGGCUUGAUUUUACAUGCAAUGUUAAUUUAUUUUCGUUGCUUUUAUUUAAGGGCUUAACUCAAUGCCUCCCUUGCACUGUUCUGCCACAAACAUUUGCAUUAGAUAUUCACUCAGUGUAAUAUCAUGGAUGUAAAAAGUCUUGCAAAUAUUUUUAAUUAUUACAGUGUUUUAUCAUAUAAUCAUCGCACAUUUUAUACUUAACUAAACUUUAAAUAGUAUGGGUGCGACUUUUAUGUGGAAAUGGCCUUUUUUUUAUGUAAAAUUGUUCAUAAAAACAAAACCUAUUCAUGGAAAGUACAUUUAUUUAAAUAGUAGAGUAUACAAAAGCAUGCCAAACCAUAAAAAUUAUUAAGUCAUGCGCCAAAACCAUUUUGUCCAACUUUUAAAUAGAAAAACAAAAA